GGAGGAGGAAGGGGCGGGGCCAAACACAAGAGCAGGGAUAUGGUGCUAUCAUCAUGGCGGGAUGCAUGAAAAUCUUAAACGGUUUCUUCUCUACAAGCGUUAAAUUCAUGGUUCUCAUGGUGCUGCUUACCUGUUUACCUCAAACCUCACACCAGGAUACGGGUAGCAAACAUCCAGUAACUGAUCUCCGGGAUGGACAGGAGUAUGCCAUGUCAGGGUCCAACAGGUUCUGUUACAAGAACUCCAUCUUGCCAACCUGGAGGCAAACAUGGACAAGAAUUCAGGUCAAAGUGUGGAGUUCAAACGUGUUUAACGUGGAAACUGUGGAAGGUGAGGAGGAGCUGCAGGAGCUGGAGCGCUUCAGUGUCUGGGGCUGGUUCCAGAGCUUGCUACGUGAGCGGCACAAUGAAACCACUAUUAACAUCAGUCUGUUCAGCAAGAAGACCUGCUUCAAGAUCGAUCCUGCUGACAAAACUCAGUACACUGUCAAGCCCAUCCGUAGGUUUGAUAUCUAUCUGUUUUUGGUAUUUCUCGCUGGAGUGUUGUUGUUCGUCUGUGCAGACUCUCUCAGCAGGAGUCAAGUUUUCUUCUACUCUGCCGGAAUGAGCACAGGCAUGAUCGCCUCUCUCAUCAUCCUCUUUUUCAUUUUGGCACGCCUUUUGCCAAAGAAGAGCCCUUUUUAUGUGUUGAUUGUUGGCGGCUGGUCGUUUUCUGUGUACGCCAUUCAGCUUGUCUGCAGGAACCUCAACAUAAUUCUGCAAGAACACUGGCACGUGGCAUUAGGUUAUGUAGCAGUGGUGGGAUUCAUCAGUUUUGCUGUGUGUUACCGUUACGGUCCUCUGGUGGAGGAGAAGAGCAUAAACAUCUUGUCGUGGACGCUGCAGCUAUUUGGGCUGCUCCUGGUUUAUUUGGGGAUUCAAAUUCAGCAAGUUGCCUUCGCCAUCAUUGUGGCAGCUUUGUUUUCCAAAAAUCUGGAGUACCCUGUCUCUCUGGCAGUUGUUGCAUGGAGGAAAAUCAGACGGUGUGUUCACUGGAAGCCGGAGCCACGUCGCCUGUUGACUGAGGAGGAGUAUCAGAAGGAGGCGGAGGAAGAGACUCGGCGUGCAUUGGAGGAGCUGAGGAAGUACUGUAACAGCCCAGAGUUCAGCCCGUGGAAGGCAGUGUCCAGGCUUAAGUCCCCGAAAAGGUUUGCUGAUUUCAUUGAAGGGUCACCUCACUUGAUGUCAAAUGAGGUGUCUGUCCACGCACAGGAAUAUGGCUUUGGAGGAUCUUUUUUUGAGGAUGAAUUUUUUGACACAGACGACGAGGAAGACGAUAUCAAGCCUAUGAUGAAACUAGAGUGAGAUGGCACAGUGUUGGAGAUGUAUGAAAAUAGAAACAAUUAUUAUUGCCUUUCAGAAAGGUGGACGGAGAACAGCUCUCCACGGCUCCUGUGCAAACGUCCUGACUGACUUCGAGUGUUUUCUGUGGAGGCUGGAUUAAGAAAAGCCUGGAUUGUCAUUUCGGUCACAAGAGCCGCCUCGUGUCCUGGCUUUUAACAAAAAAACACUGACAAUCACAGGCAGAACAAUGUGGUCAGAUCUGUUAUCAGCAUUAAAAAUGGCAAAGUAAUGUAAUCUGAAUUUGCACUAAAGCCAGAUCUCUUCUUUUUUUGGGGGGGGGGCUUUCUGUUAAAACUGACGUUACAAAUAUGGUGAAACUCCAGUGAUUGAGGCUAGUUUGUAUUUUACUGUUUUCAUUUUAAGUGUCCCAAAGUAUUUUGAAUAAAAAAAUAUAUUUGAGCUCUGA